AUGCCUCGAGCACCGCCGCCGAUCAUGGUGGUCAUAUCUGCCUUCGCCUUAUUUAUCUGGUACAUCGUAUGGACAAGCGAUCACCAACGCACAAUGACGGCUCUGUCACACGCCGAUCGAUUCAAGCCAUUGUUCCAGACACAGGACACAUCGGCGGCCAGUCCGCCGGUGGUCGCUGGACAACCCGUGAUGGGGAAACUAGGGAACGAAACCCUCAAAGCCGAAUUGGGACGGGCAGCAUGGAAGGUCCUUCAUACCACGAUGGCGCGAUUUCCGGACAAACCUUCCCAAGAGGAGAGCGACGCGCUGAAGAACUACCUGUACCUCUUCGCCCGCCUUUACCCAUGCGGCGAAUGCGCCGAGCACUUCCAACAAAUCCUCAAGAAAUACCCACCUCAGACCUCCUCGCGUUCAAGCGCAGCAGCAUGGGCUUGUUUCGUGCAUAACUUGGUCAACGAAAGAAAGGGCAAACCCAUAUUCGAUUGUGCCAACAUUGGGGACUUCUAUGAUUGCGGAUGCGCCGAUGAUGAAAAGGAAGCCAUGGCUGCGGCAGGAGCUCAGAGCAGUGCCAUCGCCCAAGGUGAACCGGCAAGGCCUGCUCCAGUGGAAAUUGAGGUCGAAGGCCCGACAAAAGGAGGAUGA